UUAUGACAGAUCGAAAUAUCAAAGCUGUCAAGUGAUGCCUGGUCUGUUUAAAAAAAAAGUAAACUUUGAUUCUACCGGCCUUGACUGUAAUUUUGAUGGAUUUGCCACCAUCUACGCACAAGCGUAGAGAACAUAAAUUUAAGGGACCAACUGGAAACGCAAAGUUUGUCAAAUAUGGAGCACCAUUUCUGUUAUUAGUUGUGGGAGCGUCGUUCGGCCUGCGAGAAUUUCAACAGAUUAAAUUCAAAUAUUUUCGGGAUACUUCUGUAUCACCGGAGGAGAUUACCAAGCAUGGUGUCGACAUGAAGAAGACGGGCGAAGUCACACUGGAAACGGAGUAUGAUAAAGUCAGCAAAAUCGACAUUGACAAUUGGUCAAAUAUCAGAGGACCGCGACCGUGGGAAUGAAAUUUGUUUUUCGUUUAAUUUGAACGUGAAUUAGGUACCUAUAGCUGUUAUUGUUACAAUGAAAAUGAAAUAAAUUUUUUUGGAUACCA